GCAUGGCAGAGUCUCGGAGGGAUCUGCUCUGCUGCGGAAUCUGCCAUCAGCUUCUCAGGAAUCCUGCAACUUUACCCUGUGGCCACAGCUUCUGCAUGCAGUGCAUUACCUGCUCCUUGAACCACAAUGAGAGGAACAAGUCCCCAUGCAGAUGUCCUGAAUGUGGGCGGGUGUUUGCCUCAAGGCCUCAGCUGAAUAAAAACACAACUGUGGCUCAGAAGAGGCCCUGGAGGUGUAUGGAGACAGAAGGCCCUUCAUGCUGGAAGCACCAGUGUCCUUUGGAUGUUUACUGCUGCACUGAUGAGCAGGUUAUCUGUGCAACCUGUGCUUCUGUGGACCACAGAGGACACACCAUUGGACUGGUGAGAGAAGAGCGGAAGAGGAAACAGGAGCAACUGAUGAUGAUGAAGAGAAAAUCCAAAAAGUUAAUCCAGAGACAAGAAGAAAAACUGAUCAACAACAGGGAGAUCUUACAACAAAUUGAGGAGAAGGCGAGAGAGAUAGAUGACUACUGUGAAAGCAUUUUGGCUGGUGUCAUCGAUUCUCUCCAGAAACAUUACGUCUCAGUGAGGGAGUUGAUAAGCACUCUGGGGGAGAAAACAGCAGCUCAAGUUCAGACCAACAUGAAGAACCUGGAACUGAAGAAGAAAGCGAUGAAGACGCAAUAUGCUGAACUGGAUCAACUUGCACAAACUGACAGUGACGUUCACUUCCUGCUGAAAUGGCCCUCUCAGUGUUAUGAUGUUCAAGCAGACCAUUUUCAUGUUUCAUCGGAUCCAUUACUUCCUUUUGUGUCAAUAAAAACAGCGGUUGAAAAACUCGGGAACCAACUAGAGGCAUUGUGUAACAAGGAAUUUGGUGCAAUCGUUCAGACUGUGAGAAAUGAAUCACAACAAGAGUUUAGAGGUGGAACGGAGGAAGAGGAAAUGCAGCAAAGACAUGAAGCCGCUACUCCAGAGUCCUAUGAUUUCUCUGAGGUCAGCAGCACCAACACUCAACCAACUGUAGAGCCUAAAACCAGGGAGGAGUUCCUGCGAUAUGCGUGUGAACUUACCCUGGACCCUACAACAGCUCACAAGGACCUGCUUGUUUCAGAAAAUGAUAAAAAGGUCCAACUCUGUCCUCAGACUCUGAAGGGCCCCUCUCUCCGUAACCCUGAGCGAUUUCUCCACAGACGCCAGGUCCUGUGCAGGGAGGGGCUGCAGGCCGAGCGCUGCUACUAUGAGGUAGAAGUUACAGGAGGCAAGGCUGAGAUUGCUCUUGCCUACAAGGGAAUUGAUAGGAAAUCCUCCUCUAAAAUGUCAGCUUUUGGGGGUGAUGUGAACUCCUGGAGCCUUGAUUGUUCUACAAACUAUUCUGUGAGCCACAGAUCUGACAGCAUCCAGCUCUUGACACCCCCUGGCCAUGACAGGAUUGGCAUUUAUCUGGCAUUUAAAGAAGGUACUCUGUCAUUUUAUGAAGUUUCAGACUGUAUGAAAUUUCUUUACAAGACUGAAGCCACGUUCACAGAGCCACUGUAUCCAGGCUUCUGGCUCGGGGAGAAAUGUCGCAUCCGGAUCUGUGAUUUGAGGAAUGACACAAUCAACCAAUGACGUUUGUUUCCCUUUAGAAGGAACAUUUGUAGCGUAACACAAACCUCUUUGUUUUGUCUGAACUUUAGCUAUUCUCAUAUCUUUUGAUUUGGCUAAAUUCAAGGAUUGAAGUAUGUUUUUACAAGGGAGUAUCUCAAGGACUCCUAGCAGGAGCUGGACCACACUUUGGAAACAGUGUCCUGCAGUGCAUCAUUUGAAGAAAUCCUUAGCAUUUUAUGUUCAUCUAUUCAAACAUACACUUGUACAUUUUCUGUUUCUUCUGGAUAUUGUUUCAUGUAAUGUCUCUUUUACUUAAACUGUAAUUAUAUUAACAGCAAACUAUAAAAAUGACCGCACACAGGUUAUUUCAUUCUUUACAUAAUCUAACAAAUGAUAAAGUCAAAGCAGCCUCUUAUUAUAAUGCACUGUAGGAUGAGUUGAGCAGUUGUCAUGAUUUACUUUCCAUAUUUAUCUCUAAGUCACAAUAAGAAAUCAUGUUUUGAAACUUAAGAUCUGUAUAAAAUUGAUAUCACACACACGCUUCAUUAACAUUCCUGACUGUGUUAAUAUCACAUGUCCAACAACACACACAAAUCCAAUGGUCCACUCUUUAAUAUACUGUUUAUUAUUAACAUUUUUGGUGAUGUCCACAGUUCUUUUUUUUUUAUUUACAAUAAAUGUCAUGUAUCUUACAAUCAUAAAGACUGAGGAGAAAGAGAGAGAUGCUGUAAAGGGACAUUUCUAAAUGUGUCUCCUGUACAGAUAGUGAACCAUGUGCUCAAUAAGGCCCUGCACCACCAGGUUAUGAGGAGAAAUCACACACCAACACACCCACACCCACACACACACUAGCACUUUUAAGGAAGAUUUAGCCUAUAAUAUCCCUUUAUGCAUCUUAUAAUCAUUGUUCUGAACCUGAAACUCAGGUGUUUUCCAGCCACAGUUAUUCUUUAGUUAAAAUAAUCUUGAUAUUGCUUUUACACAGAUGUUGAAGUUACUGCUCUAAGGACAACAGUCUGAGUGAAAAAUGUGCAUUUGUCACAUUCAUUAUUACUUUUUACAUUUACUGCUAACACAGUUACUUUUUCAGACAGUAAUAUAGUUCACAUAAAUAAAAACAAUCCUUAGAAUAGUUUGAUUAUACAGACUAUUUACAGAAAACAAAGACGCCUCACAGCAGGACACACAUGGACCUUACAGACAAAUUAAUACAAGAAACACAACAUGUCUUAAUGUUUAAAGCCACCCUUGCAGUACUGAUGCUCAUGACACAUCAGGAAAUGAAAUAUUUGGAUUGAUGGAAAAAAAAAAUGUUGCUUUUAGAGUUCCAUGAGGCAGAAAUAUCAGGUGUGGCCUGUAGGUGGCACCAGAGGAAAGACAUUCAGACUGAGCUCUAAGUGGAAGUGGCACUGUAUUAUUUCAUGUACAGUCAGUACAAAGACCAUGUGGACUAAAAGAAUAGCACAUAUUUGUGUAACAUUGGGCCAAAUGACACGUAACACUUACUACUAGUGUGGCUAAAAACAAACAGGCCAGUAAACACACAGUCGACAUUAAUUUUGAGGUUCAGAUGGAGGUCACAGCUCCCAGUGGGAACAAAACACACAUCACCUCCACCUUCCAGUGACAUUUUCACAGCCCACAACAUGAAGUAUUGACACAAACUACAAAACAGAUUCAAAGUGAAAAUAUACAGUCUGAAUUUAUAUAUAUAUAUAUGCAUAUACACUGGUCACUUUUAAAAGAUAAAUCUGUUCAUUCAUCCGUACACUUCAACCUAGAUACACUAUAAAUAUACAGGAAUAUAAAUAUAGUCCAUUUACUCCUUAAAACCAUGGCUUUGAACAUUGUGAUAAAAAAAUAAAUAAAGGUAUCAUCCUCUAUUAAUAGGAACUAAAUAUACUCAUUGGGAAUUUUUGUACUAUUGCACUAUUUACUGUCAGUGUGUAAAAAAAAUGAAACGCAUACAGGAAAUUUUUUUUUUUACACAUGUUCAUACUUUUUUUUUUUUCUUUAACCAUGAAUCAAAUAUGUUGAACACAGUUUCCUUCACUGAGUUCUUGAGGUCAAUUAUUCUACGGAUGUACAGAAACAGUGUUUAUGUGUGCAUUUCAGCAUCUUUACUUUGUGCAUCAAUGUGUAAGGGGAUGUUGUCUAAGGCUCAUAGUAGUUCAGUUUUAUGUAGUUUUUGAUAUUUUAUCUAUAUUUGUUCCAUUGUAAAUCAUUGGUCCAUAUUGAAUAUAGUUUAUGCCUUGGGUUUUGUGCUCCACUAUAAAUAUAUUAUUUGAGGCCGACCAUUAUUUAAAUGUUCACAUGUGCUUAAGUCUCAAAAAUGUAGGCCAGCCAUUAGGGUCAGUAAUCUGCUUGUGCCCAAUGAUUAUGCAAUAUCUUUUCUGUGCUUUUGUAGCUGUAUUAAUUUGUGUUCAACUGCAUGACGCAGGAAAAUUGUGCAUUUAAUUUUUGUAUGUGAUGAUUGUUUUGUUUGAUUUUUCGUUAACUUUUAAUACAGUUUGGCAUGUAUGUCCUGUACUUUAUAAUAUAAAUAUGUAGGUUUCAAGUAUUUACUCUGUAAUUUUUACUCUUUGGUGGAGAAACUGAAAUAAGCGAUGCCUUAACACACAAGUUAGACAACAUUUAAGAUAUAGGAUGGAUGACGACACAGGGGCUGUAGAUCUCCCCAGGUAAUAAAAACAUUAAUAUCCUAUGUUAUAUUACAAGACAGCACUCUGUACAGCAUGGUUAACAACAAUACUGACUACACACAAACAGCAGGAGGUUGAUUCGGGGUGUGAAACGUUAUGUGCGCAAACGACGACGGAACACAAAGGGGUGUCUUUAUAGCAGCCUUAAGCAUAGUUUAACACAGAGAGCCCUGUUAAAACAAAUUCACCCAAUGAGACAUGUUUUCUAAGCCAGAGCAUCACAGCAGAGGUGCAUGUCAGUGCUCAGCGUACUAACCUAUAUGCACACAUUAAAAUCCCUGCACAAAAUCUAAUAGAAAGAAACUUUUUCUGUGGUUGACUUCCACUGCAGAGCUACAGGUAUCAAUGCAACGCUAAUAACAUUAAAAUUAAACCCACAUUCAUCUUUGCUUUCUGUUCCCUUGUACUGAGUAAACAGCUGUUGCAGCUCCAGACCAGGUCCAGACCUCACCAGCUCUACUACAUUCAUUCUUUAAGAUCCCUGCGCAAUUUCGUAAUUUAUUUUUGCCAUUUUUGUGAAUCUAAAAAAA